UAAACCCAUGGGGAAAAGGAGCGUGCGCGCCCCUCAUCUUGCUGCGCAAGCUCUAGCAUAAUGUCAGGACUCCAUAAAUAGCAAGAGCUUGGCGCAGACUGAGGGUCCGAGCUGGGCGCCUUGGGACAGUAACUUGAGCGCAUUAGGACCUGGAGGGAGCGGGGCGCUCACUACUCUGUGGGCUGCUGCGAGCGAAGAGUCAAGGGCAAAGAAACGUGGCUGUCGAAGCGGUGGGUGGGGAAGCGUCCCGCAGCCAGAGUUGGAUCCAGGAGGGAGGGGAGCCCCGGGCCGGCUGCCAGGGCUCGCUCCGGAGCAGGGCUGCGCUGGGUGGCAGCGCCUCUGUCAAUCAGCCUGACUCCACUCCCGCACGCCCUGUGUUCUCCUGUGCUGCGCUCCAGCUGCCUCCUCGUGUCUCUGCUUCGCUGCGAGCUCAGAGAGCGGCGGCCGCUGCUGCUGCUGCUGCUGGGUGCAUGCACCGGGGGACCGGAGCGCGGCUGAGGCGUCCCCGGGGCGGAGGACCGGGCGGCGCCGGGCUGCCCUCAGUUGGUGCUGGGUAGCGGCGGGGAACUUUAACGCUGGCUCCAAGUGUUGGGCUCGGUCUGCGGUUCAGCUGCAAUGGAUCCUCCAGCGGGGAUCGCCUGUCUGCUGCUCUGCUGUGCGCUCUUCCUGCCCGGGAGCGCCCUGCAGAGCUCCAGGGAGAGAGAUCCUAUUUUGAGGAAUAUAGAGGAAUACAGACUUGUCGUCCCAGUCAGCACAGAUUCAGAAGGCAGGUUCCUAUCUAACCUGGUGUCUGGACCUCCAAGGGGGCGCUUCCGAAGAGAUGCUGGGGAUAUGCAACAUGAAGCUUCAAAUGAGCAAAUAUUUUAUAAUGUCACUGUUUUUGGAAGAGAGUUUCACUUCAGGCUGAGACUGAACUCUAGGCUGGUUGCCCCUGGAGCAACAAUUGAAUGGCAAGAGGAUUCUAAUGUGACUCAUAUUGAACCACUCCAUGGGAAUUGCCUAUAUGUUGGGGAUAUCACUGAUUUGCCUAACGCUUCAGUUGCUAUAAGCAACUGUGAUGGGCUGGCUGGCAUGAUUCGUACAGACAAGGACGAAUUCUUCAUUGAGCCUCAGGAGAAGGGCAGUCAGGAGGAAGACGGAGGCAGGACACAUGUGGUAUAUCGCAGAGCAGCUGUCAAGAAGCCACUUCCCACUGAGAACACAGAUAUCCAGAAUAAAGCAGCUGACCUGAGUAAUCUGGAUAACCUCGUCAGUAUGCUGAGCCUCAUUGAAGACCGAGUAAAUAGCUCAAGAAAAAGAUAUCGGAGGCAUGCGACUGAUGAUGACUACAACAUUGAAGUUCUCCUGGGAGUUGAUGACUCAGUUGUACAGUUCCAUGGAAAAGAACAUGUACAGAAGUACCUUCUGACCCUGAUGAAUAUCGUGAAUGAAAUCUACCAUGACGAGUCCUUAGGUGCCCACAUUAAUGUUGUUUUGGUGAGGAUAAUCAUGCUGAGCUAUGGGAAAUCUAUGAGCUUAAUAGAGAUUGGGAACCCUUCCCAGAGUUUGGAGAAUGUAUGUCGCUGGGCCUAUCUACAACAGAAGCCUGACACUGCACAUGCAGAGUAUCAUGACCAUGCUAUUUUUCUCACAAGGCAGGAUUUUGGUCCAUCUGGCAUGCAAGGCUAUGCUCCAGUUACUGGAAUGUGUCAUCCUGUGCGAAGUUGUACCCUCAACCAUGAAGAUGGUUUUUCCUCUGCAUUUGUGGUGGCCCAUGAAACUGGGCACGUAUUAGGCAUGGAGCAUGAUGGCCAGGGCAACAGGUGUGGGGAUGAGGUCCGAAUGGGGAGCAUCAUGGCGCCUCUUGUCCAGGCUGCAUUCCAUCGCUUCCACUGGUCUCGCUGUAGCCAACAAGAGCUGAACAGAUAUCUACAUUCCUAUGAUUGUCUGCGUGAUGAUCCUUUUGAACAUGAUUGGCCUUCCCUUCCCCAGCUGCCAGGAAUUCACUACUCCAUGAAUGAGCAGUGCCGUUUUGAUUUUGGUUUGGGCUACAUGAUGUGCACAGCUUUCCGUACGUUUGAUCCCUGCAAGCAGCUGUGGUGUAGCCAUCCCGAAAACCCUUAUUUCUGCAAAACAAAGAAGGGACCACCACUGGAUGGGACUAUGUGCGCGCCUGGAAAGCACUGCUUUAAAGGUCACUGCAUCUGGUUAACUCCAGAUAUCUUGAAACAGGAUGGAAAUUGGGGAGCAUGGAGUAAGUUUGGCUCCUGUUCUCGAACCUGCGGUACAGGGGUAAAAUACAGGACACGGCAAUGUGACAAUCCACACCCAGCUAAUGGAGGCCGUACAUGCAUGGGGCCAACCUAUGAGUUCCAUCUUUGCAACACUCAAGAUUGUCCUCAGGAUUCUGAUGAUUUCAGAGAUGAGCAGUGUAGACAAUGGAAUCCUUACUUUGAAUAUCAGAAUACGAAACACCACUGGCUCCCAUAUGAGCGUCUCGAUGCUAAAGAAAGGUGCCACCUGUACUGUGAGUCUAAGGAGACUGGCGAUGUCGUGUAUAUGAAACGAAUGGUACAUGAUGGAACCCGCUGCUCAUAUAAAGAUUUUUAUAGCAUCUGUGUGCGAGGGGAUUGUUUGAAAGUUGGAUGUGACAGGGUAAUAGGUUCCUCUAAGCAAGAGGAUAAGUGUGGUGUCUGUGGUGGAGAUAACUCUCACUGCAAGGUGGUGAAAGGAACGUUCUCCAGGACACCAAAGAAGCCAGGGUACAUUAAGAUGUUUGAAAUUCCUGCUGGUGCAAGGCACUUGCUUGUACAAGAAACAGAUGCUACCAUUCAUAAUCUUGCAAUUAAGAACCGAGAAACAGGGAAAUUCGUUUUAAAUGAAGACAACUAUGUACCAGAUUCUAAAGUAUUUGUUGCCAUGGGUGUGGAAUGGGAAUACCGGAAUGAUGACGAUAGAGAAACAGUGCAGACCAUGGGGCCUUUGCGCAAUGGUAUAGUCAUUCUGGUGAUUCCUCAUGGUGGUGCCAAGGUUUCUUUGACUUACAAAUACAUGAUCCAUGAAGACUCCUUAAAUGUAGAUAACAACAAUGUUUUGGAGGAUGAUUCAGUAACAUAUGAAUGGGCUCUGAAAAAAUGGUCCCAGUGUUCAAAACCGUGUGGAGGAGGUAAUCAGUUUACGAAAUAUGGUUGCCGGAGGAAGACAGACCACAAGAUGGUUCAUCGGAGAUACUGCGAGACGAUCCAAAAGCCAAAGCCUAUUCGCAGAGCAUGCAAUCUGCAGGAAUGUUCCCAACCAAUAUGGGUUACAGGAGAUUGGGAGCCCUGCAGCAAAAGCUGUGGAAAAACAGGAUAUCAAGUACGUUCUGUACGGUGUAUCCAACCCCUGCAUGACAACACAAAUCGUUCUGUUCAUACCAAAUAUUGCAACAAUGAUCGUCCAGAAGGCAGAAGGUCUUGCAAUCGAGCACUUUGUCCUGCCCAGUGGAGGAUAGGACCCUGGUCACAGUGCUCUGUAACUUGUGGAAACGGCACACAGGAACGGCAGGUUUUAUGCCGGACGAAAGACAAUGCUAGUGGCUAUUGUAAAGACGACAAACCGGAAACAAUGAGGAUCUGCAGACUAUCUCUAUGCCCCAGAAAUGUUUCUGAUCCAUCAAAGAAAACCUAUAUGAUACAAUGGCUGUCAAGACCAGAUGGAGAUUAUCCCAUCCAGAAAAUAUCUUCAAGGGAACGUUGCCAAGGAGACAGGUCCACGUUUUGUCGCAUGGAAGUUCUCUCUCGUUACUGUUCAAUGCCUGGUUACAAUAAGCUGUGUUGCAAGUCCUGUAACAUGUAUAACAACAUAACAGAGGAUGAUAAUGUAACUGAUUCUAACCUAAAUAAGAACGACAUUGAGGAGGAUCUCCUACCUACCCUUACUCCUCCUACUGGGGUGGUUGUCAUGCAGGCUACUGCUAGUCCUCCUCUUGUUCCCAAAUCAAACGCCACUCAUUCCAAUGCAACUGAGGAUCACCCAGAAAUCAAUGCAGUAGACGUGCCAUAUAAAAUCGAUGGGCUGGACAAUGAAGUACCGCAGCACAACCUCAUCCCCCGGAGGAGGCUGACUUACGAACGGACAAAGAACCAAAGAAUUCAGGAGCUGAUCGCUGAGAAAAGAAAAAGAGAGACUAUUAGUAAGCUACAUUAAAAUGGAAAUACGGCGCAAACGACAUUUUUUUCUCUUAUAGAGAUGUUACCACCACCAUAGUAAUGCCCAUGUCAUAAAAACUAGAAAGAAAAAAGCGGUGCUAUGGCAGAAAUGCCAAAUCCUAAUACCUAAAACAAACAGAAAUGUAAGAUUGUUUCAUAAUGCUAGUAUAAACAUUUCAAUGGCUAGGUUUACAGGGUGCUAUAACGUACUAGUGCAAUAUCAGUACAGUAUUUCACUGAAUCCAAACAAACCUAUUACCUAGCCCAGAUCAGCAGGUUUAUUGAUUAUGGGCUCUUUUCACCCCUCAAUGCAUUGCAUAACUCCUAGGGAAUGUGAAUGGGAGUUACAGGGAGGAGAACAGACCCCAUUACCUACAAAUGCCUUUAAUAGUGACAGUCAGUUGAUCAAGAGAAGCAUUACAUCAAACUGUACACUAAAUUACUCCCAGAUUCAGGAAGGUAUUUAAGAACACGCAUGACUUUAAACAUGCAAGUAGUCCCACUGCCUUAAAUGGAACUAUUCUCAUGGCUACACUUACAUGGACACUUGUGUACCUUUCUUAACUGGGAUCUUACAUUUGAGAUUCUUUGUACAACCCUAUAUUUAAUCUCAGUUCAGAACUGAUAACCAGUAGUUUGCAUGUUCCCAUAAACAAUUUCAAAGCAUUUUUCUAAGCAUUUGCAUCUAUAAAAAUUAUUUACUAUUUGGCUGGACCUAUACAAUUUAGACUGACAAUGUCCUAGUCUUUUGAAUAUCUUUGUUUCAUAAACUCCUGUAAUACAAUAUCCCCAAUGGUUUUAGUUGACAUUCUUUUCGGUCUACCUUUUAUCCACACUCUGUUUAACUUAAAAUGACUGGAGUCUCUUUUCCUUUCCUUUCCUUUCCUUUCCUUUGGUGCUUCAUGAAGAAAGCAUAAUUGUGUGUUAACAUUUUCCAUGGUACAAUGUUAUGUCAUUCUGAAGGAAAACAAUGUGUAUUAUCAAUCUUUCCUUAGGACAGCUCUGGUGCAGCAGAAGUGAACAAUUGUUCAUCAUGCUUAUAUAUAAACACAGGACCAAGUUUGCUUAGAUCUUAGAGAUGUGUAGCCUGACAGCCCUUUGAGUACUUCCUUUCCCUGCAAUAUCUUCUGAUAGCUGAGGGCCUAUAUAAGCAACCUCACCAUUUUCCAUAGCUCAUUUUGGAUGGCUGGUAGGCAGAAGACACAUUCAGCUUGGUGGUUGGUACCUUUUGGUGAGGCCGUGCCUGCUUUCAAAUGCAAGGAUGUUACCAGCCAACUUACAGGCUACCUAAUGUGAAUAGUAGGUACUGAACAUUUGAGCCAAAGACCACUAAGCUCAGUGGAAAGGUUCCCAUUGACCUCUGUGGGUUUUUCAAGCCCUGGAAUAUUGUAGGAGUAGGAAUUAAAAUCUUUGUGGGUGUGGGGUUUAUUGAUUUUGCUCUUGCCUACUGGGUUGACUUUCCCUUGUCUGCUCAAGCCUGUUAAUAUUUUGCAGGGGAUAAGGUCUCUUUGAAACUGUCAUUACACAUAGAAAAGACAGGCAGGGGUUUAGGGCCACCUUGAUACUGCCAGCUCACAUAGAAAAGGCAAUUGAGAGGUGGCAAAAUGCUCUCAAUUCAAGUUUUUGAUCUUGAAGUGAGCCCAUGACCUUGUAUCUUCUCAGUUGCACAGCUUGGGCAUAGGCUAAAUUCCCAGUGCAUAUAAGAUGCUACAUAGCUUCGUUGCUGCUGAAGCAAUGCUGAACCUGGCAGCCAGGCCCUCACUGAAAAGCAAACCACAACUGACUUUCUGCUGUCCAGGAUGGGGGCCCCCAGUGCUGCUUUUAAAGGUGGUGAGUGAAUGGGUCACCUGGCGUCCAUUGCAGUGUCCCAGUUUAGAUUGGAAAGAGACAACACUAAAAGUAGCCCUGAGUGCACUGAAUUAGUGAAACCAGCAGCUCAAUCUAUGCCCAGAAACUGUUGAAAGGACAAGAACCAAGGGUUAACAAAAAUAAUUUACAAAGAAUAUUAGACAAAGUAGUAGAGAAGGGGCCAAUUUUAUCCCUGUUGUAAUGCCAUCAGCUUCACUGCCUCACAGGAUGGUGUGGAGGUCAGUUCAAAUGCUUCUGAAGUGAUAGGGGCAUAUAUAACAGCCUAAAUUGACAGAAGUUACAGCAGGGCUUGAUAUAGGUAAAGACUCUUGUAACAUCCCUGUGCUCUCAGGUUUCAGGGUUCAAAGUAUUAGCUCAAGCAGCUACGACGCAUUAGCAGACGCUGAAACCUCUUUAAAGGGGCACAAAGAUCCACACUCUUCCCAUAUACACUGUACUUAAACAACCUCUUCCAUUCUUUUCCUACAAUGGCCUCUUCUCUUGUGGCUGGUGGGAGAUCGUUCCACUAAAGCAGGGGUUUCUUUUUGGUUCUAAAAAAUAAAAUUAAAGGUCCAUAUUGUAAAAACACUAAUGCAGGCCAGGUUUGUGUAUGUGUUAAGUCUGUUGGUUGAAUUAAUGGCUCAGAUGAAGAUAAGAACUCAGAGAAGGGAAGAGCUGUCUUGGAGAUAUACCUCUCAUAGAAUGGGAAGGGACCCCAAAAGGUCAUUGAGUCCAGCCCCCUGCCUUCACUAGCAGGACCAAGUACUGAUUUUGUCCCAGAUCCCUAGGCACGGCCCAGAAAGGCCCUGCCAUGAGACGCUGACAGAUAAAUAGACGAGCCAGACGUCCUCUCUCUCUGUUUUUCCUGUGUGCUCCCAAGCAUUGCUGACUGUGACCUGUGCUGUCUGUUAGGUGCCCACAGCCAAGCACAGGCCUGAGCAUGUGGGAGUGUAACAUUAUGCAGCAGCAGCCUUUCCUGGGGGGUUCAGUGCAGCUAACAAGUUUAUCUGACAGACCCUCACAGUCUGGUUCAGAGGCUGCCAUGUCACUUGCAUAAAAUAUGAAAGUGAAGUCAUGGGCUCCACAAAGGAAAAAUUGGGCAACUUUUAUCUCAGAAAGUCUUAGCUAAAACAGCCCCCGUUCAGUUUCUAUGCAUAAAAUCUAGAUGCAGGAGAAAGCAGGGUAGGUUUGAAUUCCCAGCGUGUAGGAAUGUGAGCUAUUUUAUGCUUUUUGUGUUUUCCCUGCUCUAUUGUGACAGUUCAACUUAAAGAAUACUCUCCUCUUUCCCUGUAUCACCCUAACGUUAGGUCUACGAGGGCAAUGCAAUAAACAGGGACCCCCACUCUAACAUAGCCAAACAGCAUGUCCAGUCACGCAGUGAACUAGACAAACCUAUUUGUGGGGAAACCUUGCAGGCUUUGGAGCUCGGCAGGUAGCCACCAGGCCCUAGGUCUCCACCUCCCCAGAAUUCUUUUCCCUCCAUCAGGCCAUAUGACCCCUUUCUCCCCACCCCCUUCUCUGCAUCCUUAAGUGUUGCCCUGGACUCCUCAUGCAGGGAGGAGUUGAUGGAUGCUUGCAAAAUUCAUUUGGUCGCUUUGAUGGAUAACAACCUUGUACUGUCCUCUGGCACCUUCUGGGGUCAUAUUUCCUUCUUCACAUACAGCCAGCAGAGAACAUAGUUAAAUGGUUUCUGCUGCUCCUGAGUGCAUGGAAUAGGUUUAGCGAGCCAGGGUAGCCAGGAAGAAAUACAUGACAAAAAACCCACAACUCAAUUUCCACCCGCUCUAUGGAGGUAAUGGGCAAUGUUGUGGGUCAGAAUCUAACAGAAAAGCCACAUUUUCACUGAAACAUCCCACCCUAGGAGAGAGCAAAUUCAGGGGGGGGGGGUCUGCUUUUUUGUAUCACUUCACACAGCUCUACCAUGCACCCAUGGUUUGCAUAGUAGCAAAUGACUAGAUGCAUUCUGCCUUAUGUUAGAACUAUAGGAGAGCCAGGGCCAAACCCUCUGGAGAUGAAACUUUUGUCAACCUCACGAGCUGCAUUUUGAGUUUCAAAGCUCAUUCAGAGUUCGGAAACAGUUUGGCACUUCAACACUUUCCCCCUUCCCAAGAAGGAUUCAGUUCUUAAGGGAAGCCCAUCCUGUAUAGGAGAAACAGAACACUUCACAGAAAGCAAGGCUGGUACCAGUAUCCAUAUGGUAUUCAUUAGGGGCCUGACUGAGCCAUGCCCACAAAAGUUAACGGGUGUCUUUCCACUGCAUUCAACCAGUGUUGGACCAGACCUUAGAGUUUCUCUAUUUCUGACCUAGAACUCUUUCCUUUUACAGGCUCUCUGUACUGAGCUUUCACUCUGCCUUCUUCCUUUAUUUUUGACUAUUUAAUUCCAGUGGGUUGCUUUUCCACCUUAGCCCUUCCCCCUCCCCCCCACACGAAGUCAGUGACAUCUGAAUACAAGUCAAACUCUUCAGUCCACGUUGUUCAGCAGGGUAAGAUACUGGCCAAUGAGGGUUUGCCCAGCCCUCUGUGAAACAGAGCUGGUUGCCACCUUCUCUUUACAAUAUUUCCAUAUGAGAAAGAAUCUUACCCUAAACCAAAAGAACUGCAUUCCUUUAAACUGACCAUAGUAUUUCCAGUUCACAGAGAAGUGAAAAACCCAAAUACCUUUCAGGAUUUGGGCCACUCAGGUUAAGAGUAACCAACAUGAAGCAGUAAUUGGGGUCUGGCCCACAGUUGCUUUUGUUCCUUUUUAUGUGGUGGAAUAUAUGGAUUGUUUACAGGCCUGUUAAACUUCGGACAGCAGCUUCCUCUUGCACGGCUACUUUUAGUAGCAUAGCUAUAAAUUGGGCAAAAACAAUUUUAUUACAUGGUCUUUUAAUGUUUAACCAUCGCAUAGGCAGUACCUUUUGAUGCCUCCCAACCCCAGGGUACCAAUUUAACACAAUCCCCAGGAAUAAAAGACAGGAAUCUAUUUAGUUGUAGAUCUGCUAUUUCUGUAGUGGCCACUGGCUGUCUGAUCUGAAAGCUGAAACAGCGUUCUCCCUUAAGAGAGAGGAUUUCCUGGUAGGUAUUCAUAUAGUCAUGGAGAUUAAGGGCUUAGGGGCCCAGCACCACGCCCAUUAAAUCCAACCACCAAAUUAAUGCAUCCAGAUUUUGAAUGCAAGCCGAUCAACUUUCUAAAUUAAUCUUUCUUUGCUCAGUAUCUUAAAGAGACUCUAAAAAUUAACCAUAUUUCCUUUGUCUCCAAUCAACUCCCAUUUUUAACUCACCUAAUAUUCCCUUUAGAAUUCCUGUAAUCCAUGGUAUUCACUCACCAGUCCUGAUUUUAACACCUUCCAUUCAAUAUUUAGAUUCUCUCAGUACUCACUUAAAGUGCUUUAAUAUAUUUGAACAGUCUAUAAAUGGUGCUUUACUAGUACUCAAAGGGGCUGUAUGAUUUACUUUAUUAUAUAAUGCAUUUAAUAUUUUAUAUAAUCACCUACAAUGCACAGUAUUAGCUAUGUUCAUCUGAAUAACUGUAUGGCACUGCCAUUCAAUUACAAUACAUACGUCUUCACAGCAAUUGCAAUGAAUAGCCAUUUCUUGUAUAUUAAAAUGUAUAUACAAAUUAGAACUUUUACUUUUAUAAUUUAUUAAAGUUCAAAGAUCUGUGUUCUUUUGCAAAAGUGUUGAACUUUUCCCUUUGCUGACUCAUUGUG